AUUAUUAUCAUUUAUAGACGAAUAUGAGGAAGAUAUUUACCCUGCUGAGGCCUUUGACUUCCACGAUUACCGAUCGUCCAACUCAUCUGUCAGUCACCUGACUCCCAGAAGGCACCGCAGGGAGAUGGAGGAAGGGACCAGACGUCGGCGGUGCAGGAGGAAAGGCCGGCGGCAGAAGGCUCAGCCGCACGUUCAUUACGAGGCCGCGGAGUACUCCGUCGUGAACGUGGCUGGGAUAGUGUCGUUCUGGCAGCAGUCUGAUUGGUUCGCGCCUGAAGGCUGCUGGUUCGUACUGAAGACCGGUCACGUGAGAGUGAAGGAAGCGGGAGUCUAUUGGAUAUAUGCACAGGUAAGCUUCGACGACCGUAAGGACGCCGUGCGCGCCCAGGUGCUGCUCGGGGGGAGAGGCGACCGGCCCCCGACGCCAGUCCUGACGUGCGACGGUGACGAGCCGAUCACGGCGGGAAGGAGAACACGCACAUGUUACAUGGGAGGGAUCCGCAGACUGGACCGGAACGACAGGAUAAGUGUGGAGGCAUGGGGAGGCGUGAAGGCGGCACCGGACUAUACGUACUUCGGUCUACUCAAACUCGGGAUAUAGACGAACUUUUUACGAAACAUCAGCCACUUCACUUCUCUUCUCUUUUUUUUGCAAUCUGGUAGAUCUCGUCUUAGAGUUUGUUUGAUCUUGACUUCCCGACCCCAACCCGCAUAUCAAAUAUUAUAAUGAGUUUUGCUGUCUACAAGCAAAUAAACACAGACAGACAAAGAAGAAAUCGUUAGCGAAAACAUAACCUUCUUGGUGAAGGUAACAAGGAAAGUGGAAAGUUAUGUAUUCAAGUAGGUGAGCCUUUUUCUUAAUCAUUUGUACUUAUUCGUCUUUUAUGUGAUAUGCGUCUUUUGAUCAAUCGCCUUAACGCACACACUUGGAGGUUGGAGGUUUCACGUCAUUAGAUUGUUAUUUCCAUGUACUUUUACUAGGGGACGAAUAAAAGUAGAAGCGAUCUGUACGCGUUCAUAAAAACUUGUUUAUAGGAAGAUAUAUACAUGCUCUCACUAACGAGGAAAGGUGAUAUCAUCUUGCAGUGCCCAUAGGUAAGCCAGCCAUUGUACUACUAGUAUACUUGUGUACACAUUAUGCAAGAUGUUGAAAGUGAAAGUAAAAUUGCGAACAGAAGGAGGGAGCUAGUUACUCCCUUUAUAUCUCAAAAGGUGAAAGUAAGGAAGAUAGUAAUUUCUUGGUGUUUAUAUUUUCAUUGGUCUUUAUACGCUCUUGUAUAUCGGACGUUUU